AUGUGCUCUGCAGCACUUCAAAUACGGCACCCUGUACGCAGAUGGGACAGACGAAAAGUAAAGAAAAUAAUAUUCUAUCAACAAAGACACACUGUAAGUCUUUAUUUGUCGUUGCGUUUAUCUCGAAUCAACCACGGUUCAUUGCCUGAACAUUUACUUACAAUGACACUUUUAUUGUUUUUCCCACCAUUUAUCUAUUCGAUGAACGUCCAUCUCUUCUUAGUCUCAGCAAAGGAAAUUAGAGACAUUCGUCGCAAUGUGAAGGAGAAACAUCAGAAUAAUAUCACAGAAGAUGUUUUUAAAGACUCUGUUAAACAAUAUGUGCCAACAGUUUCACCAACAGAUGACAUAUUUUUAAAACGUUUAUAUCAUGCAUUUGGUGGUGAUGAAGGCAAAUCGAUUGAUUUUAGUAAAUUUGUCGAUGGCUUGAGCGUUUUUAUGAAGGGAACACCUGAAGAAAAGUUGAAAUUGUCUUUCAAGUUGUAUGACAUUGAUAAGGAUGAUCAUAUCUCAAAAGAUGAAUUAGAACAUGUCAUUUUAGAACUUACGAAAAUGCAAGCAGAAGAAGAGGAGGAAACCGAAGAAAUUCAGCGAUAUAUUGACUGUAUGUUUGAUGAUUUUGACGUGGAUUGCGAUGGAAAACUGUCAUUUGAAGAGUAUAAAUUAUCGGCUAUGAAGGAACCAUUACUUGCAGAUUUCUUGGAAAAGUUUCUUGAUAAACAUAAUCUGUCCAAAAAGACGACACCGCUAUCACGACCUACAUCGAUUCGCUCAAGGCAAUCAUCAAGGUCGGUGCUCAAUGUGAGCAGUAUGAACCCUAGUAAUCAUCAAUAUCACCAUAACAGCUCAAGUAGUAGCAACAGUAACAGUAACAACAAUGGUAGCAAUAUAAAGGAACAGAAUCGACUCUCUUUUCGAUUAUCGCAAGCCGAAUUGUUAGAUUACAGUCAUCAACAGCAACAAAAACUGACUUCUUCAGCAGCUUCUACCAAUCCGAGUCCCAGAAAUUCUAUCUAUUUACCCACUUCACUAACACCUGCUAUGGCUGCUUCCUCUGUUCAAUCCAUGUCUUCCAAUACAACAGCAUCUUCUCAUAAUAAUACUACACCAACUAAUUCAAACACGACAACAGCAAGUAAUGUGCUUAAACGUGAUAGGCCGGAUUUACCGCAUAGAUUAAGUCGUGGAGCCAGUAUGGCCAGCUUAGAUGCUGCUAUACAAUCUUUAUAA